GUUGUUGUUGUUGUUCCGGUAUCGUCCACACGAUAACAGUACAAAGCGGUACGAACACGUGUCAGACCGGAAACUAGAGCCGUUACCGGGACAGACACUUCCGCUCAGGAGCCUGACGGAAGAUACCGUCUGUCGGUAUUUACCGGAACCUGUCGGUAUUUACCGGAACCUGUCGGUAUUUACCGGAACCUGUCGGCAUGUAGCAGCUCAGUGUGCAGGCUGCCAGGCUGUUUGUCAUGAAGAAACGAGCCAACAAAGUGCCGGAGGAGGAUGAGUCCUUGUGCUGCUGCGAGUACGUAAACAGACAUGGAGAGCGCAGCCAUAUUGCAGCCUGCUGCUGUGACUGCGAGGACCUGGAUGACGUUUGUGACAGGUUUCUAAAGAGGGAAUCUCAGAAACCUGAAUCCAUCUCACAGGUCACAGCAGUUGUCACAGAUCGGAUUCGCGUGCCCUGGCUUUGGGGCGGAGCCCGCAAAGUGGAGCUGUCUGUUAUCCCUCCUCUUAUUCUCCUUCCUGUCCUGCUGCACCUUGCUGCUCUCCACUUCCUGCUCGGCAUUGUGGUUCUGACGGCUCUGCCCGGUCUGGUGUUGUGGUACUACUACGUCACCCACCGCAAGAAGGGAAGGACACUCUUCUUCCUCAGCCUUGCUCUCUUCUCCCUGGCUUACAUGUUCUACCUGUUUGUCACAGAGGUGUUCCCCCGUGGGGAUAUUGGCCCGGUCCAGCUUUCGGUGGUAACUGUGGGGGUAAUCCUCACUCUGGUAGCUCUUGUCCACACUAAGAGAGAACCUGGCAUUGUGCGGCCAAAGCCAGAUGAUAUCCACAGCACAGUGACAUAUUACAGCCCUCUGGCAGACAGAGACCACACCGCGAACGGGGGGAAGCAGGAUGUGACAAUGACAGCACCCAACCGGACAGGGUCACGGGAGCAAUUGGGGAUGGAGCUGAAGGAGAGCAACCAAAGUAACUGGUGUCCAGUGUGCAGGGCGGUGCAGCCCCCGAGGGCGGGACAUUGUCGGAUCUGUGGUGUGUGCGUGCUGCGUCUCGACCACCACUGCGUCUGGAUAAACAGCUGUGUGGGGCAGGCCAAUCACCGCAGCUUCCUGCUCUUACUCGUCCUCUUCCUGUCGACAUCUCUGUACGGGAUCAUCCUGGUGCUGCAGAGAGUGUGUCCGACUCAACCCCUCCUAACCUCCCUGCUCUACUGCCCGGGCGUCUACAACCACUACAGCGCUGCUCUUUGCUUCACCUGCGCCUGGUACAGCAGCAUCGUCACCGCCGGGCUGCUUCACCUGCUCGUGACGCAGGUCAUCAACGUCAGCCACAACGUGACCGAGCGCGAGGCACGCGCCGCUCUGCGAGACAGAACCGCUCGCAGUGCCUGCUGGGGGCUCGUGGUCCACACGGGCGUCUACUCUCGGGGUUUCCGUGGCAACUGGGCUGAGUUCAUGGCCAUGGGGGUCAAACCAAGUCCUACCUCUCUCAACCGAACAGCCCUGGUUGCCUUGGUCGGAGCUGAAAAACUAGAGGAACGUGAGAACGAGUGAUCUGUUGAUCCUCGUAGGGAGGUUUUCUCUGAGCACAGCGACAUAACGAUGCUUCUGGAUCAGUGCAGUUGAACAUGAGCUGAAUGUCAUCGGGAAGGAUGGUCGCUUCACACUCCACCUCCUCCUCCAUCCUUCACACCCAUUCACAAAGGUGAACACCUCACCUGGCCUUCUGAAACGUGCCGUGCAUAUUUGUGUCACAGGUAAAUGAAACAUCUCUGCACAAGCCAGAUAAUCAGUCUAAUUACAGUUCUGUGACCUGUCAUUGGAUGAAACAUAAUGAAUGAUUGGGUAGAUAUGAAUUUAUUACAAGUUAGUUUUAUUCUUCUGACCAGACUGAGUCCUGAUAGGAAAAAUCUAAUUAAUCAAGAUGCAUUACUGUCAGCUAGAGAAGUUAACUUUUCCUGAUUCACAGGGAUUGUCACAUUUUUACAUCCUAUAUUGUAUGGGUCCACAUGUGUGUUUUAUUUUUAUUAAAUGGAUGUGAGAAACUUG